UUUGCCGCUGUCGCCAUCUCCGUCUGCCGGCCCACUUGCCCGCCAGUUUGCUUCCCCCGGCCCAGGGGAAAGGUCAGCAGCGUCCUGGAGCCGCCUUGUCACUCUCCCACAGCCAUGAAUUGCAGCGAUAGUCAAUGGCUGCAAAACCUGUUGAGACGCCUGCUGCUUGAGCUGCACCAUCAGGGCAACGCCAGUGGCCUGGGCGCUGGCUCCAACCGGAGCAUGGGCAUGGGGGUCGCGCCUGAUCCUUUCGUGGGCCGCCAGGUGACCAGCACCAAGGGCAGCAACGCCUAUCUCUACAUCCUGCUCGUCAUGAUCUUGUACGCCUGCCUGGCCGGAGGCCUCAUAAUGGCCUACACCCGCUUCCGCAAGCUCCGCAAGGCCAAGAAGCCAUCUCAGACCUACACUGCCCUGUGCCAAUGGGCCUCUGGUGGUACCCUGGCCACUGACGUCGAGACUGUCGCCGGCUUCCUGGCCGAAGGCCGCCGACCGCUCGCCCCUGAGAUGCUGCCUGCCCUGGCCCAGGGCACAGAGCGGGUCUAGAACCACAGCCCCAGCUCACUAGCUCGCUGGCCUGCGCGCUCCUCAUACUGCUUAUUUCCGGGCGCGACUCCUGCCCUUUCUUCCCCUUCCAGGGUUCGCCUCACCUGAGGGCCAAGCAGUGAUGUGAGGUCAGACCUUGUGUGGAAGGCCCAGGAAGGAGAACUCCUUAUUUUUUCCUUGCCAGUUUUUCCCUCCUGUCUUCCCUUGCCACCACCGCAUCCCUCACAUCCAUAUGCACUUAACUGCCUCUGCUCUCUUGUCUUCAGACAGCCCUGACACCCCGUGAUAGCCCUCUGGGAACUGAAUCCAAGACGUCCAACACUGGGCAUUGAACUGAAGAACGAAGUCUAUCAGAACUCUGAUCCAUCUACGCUGCAGCGGCUCUGGGAGCUGACAGGGACUGCUUACUCUGCAGAGCCAUUGGGCUUCCUGUCACUGCCAGGUCAGAAAUACUGCAGCAGACCCAGCUUCUUGUUGCCUUAGGGACAGAAACAGCGAAAAUGAAGAAACCUCUGGUAUCUUUUCCCUCCCUUCGUCUUUCAGCAGGAGCUAGCUGGGCACCAAGACCAGUCUGGGAUGGAACAGGCUUAAUGGAGACUAAAGGGGGAGGGGGUUAGUGGGAGGGGAAGAUCUAGGACCUCAAAUUGUAUGGUUUCUUGCCUACCCAGUUGUCAUCUCAAAGGCAGCUUGACUGAGCUUUAGUAGCUUGGCCAUCUGCAGUGGGUAAGCACUAUGGGUGUAUUACCCCAAAGCUUCAAAAUGUAUUCCCUAUAUUGAUUCAGUUGUCACAGUGUCAGCUCCAUCCAUGGAACACGAGAGUCUGAGAUCUCCUGCUCUGUAACCCUGGGGAAUGUCAAAGGCGGGUAAUAAAUGUAGUUUAAACAAUAA